UGAUUGGACAGAUCGGUGUCCGUUCUGGGAUUGGUGGCUUCCUGUCCAGAAGGAAGUUGUGAACAGAGUUUAAAAGCUGCUGCAGGACUGUAGAUAUUCACAGGAAGCUGGACCAGCAAUGGCUCUGCUGAAGGUUCUGCUGCUGCUGGGGCUGGGUGUUUCAGUGAACUCAGAUGUUUCUCUGCAGAAGAGAAUCAUUGGAGGUCAUGACUGUGAUGACAAGGAGCAUCUUUAUCAUGUUCGGCUGGUGGGCAGCAUGGGAAAAGCAAAGACCCGCUGUGGAGGAACUCUGAUCCACCCUCAGUGGAUCCUGACUGCAGCUCACUGCUGGAAGUCGGAUAUUGGGUGGAUUAACGUAGUAAUGUUAAAAGUUCAUCCACAGACUGCUAUACAUCAGAAUACAGUAAUCCGAGAAGAUCCUGUGAGUUAUGUUGCCCACGACGAGAAGCAUGACAUCAUGUUGCUGAAGCUUCGGAGACCAGUAACAGAUGUCCAACCCGCUCAGCUACCAGACUGCAGUCAUCGUCUUAAAGUAGACGAUGAUGUUCAGCUGGUAGGAGAGGGAAUAACGACAGCCGGCCCCAAUAAUGAGCGACUACUCGAUGCUGCUCUUCCAACACGUCUUCAGUGUGUCAACAUGAAAGUUGUUGCUGUUUCCUUCUUCUGGCCGCCAUGUGGGAAAAUAUUCCUUACUGCAGCACCAGACAAGGAUACAUGUCAUGGUGACUCUGGCUCAGCAGCGAUGUUCAACAACAUGAUUUACGGUGUGCUUUCUGAAAGUGGACAAAAUGCAUGUGACGAACCAGUUAGAGUCAUGGAUGUGUGUGAAUACAUGGGGUGGAUAAGCAGAACAACAGCUUAAAUAAAACAUAAACCAUUAUGAAAUAAAAUUCUCAUCAAAUUUCCUCUGAGACAUAAUUUCAUAAUUGUAUCUUCAUCAGUGUGUUUCACAGGUUUGUAGA